AACAAGUGCAUACAUUUAUAUGUAUUUAUACGUGUGUCUCACUGUGUGUGAGCGUAUGUGUGUGUUUGUGUUAAUACAAAUUAUCGACCAAAUAUAUAGAACGGUUGAGCAGCGCCGGCUAAAUUAACUUCCCACUUUUUUGUUGUUGUUCAUGUUGUUGUUAUCAAUUGGCCUGGAUAUUGACCGAGAAGUUCAUUAACUGGCAGCAGGCGGCCACAUGCCACGCCCACAACUGCUCUAAACAGUUCAUGCGAAUUAUGCACUCGCAGCAAGCGACAGCCGCAACCGCAACAAGAGCACCCAAAUAGCUUUUAGCAGUUGUUAAACAGAAACGAAACGAAAACACCACAACAAGUAGUAACCACCACUGCACCACAGCCAAGUCAAACCACACACAAGUCGAGUCAAGUUGCGUCGAGUCGAGUCGCAUCAUGGUGGACGACAUUUCGCCCAUGCAUCAUCGCAUGCAGAAGAAGACGCGCAGCGCCUCGAUCUGUGCCACCGGCGCCAGCAUCGAGACGGUCAUCCAGAACAUGCCCUCGGGCAGUGCCACGCCCGAGGGCGGAACGCCCGGCUACAGGCGCCGCCGGCCCGCCACACGCUCCCAGAGCGCGCGCAUCACAUCGGGCGCCAGAUCGGUACGUCGACGCACUCAGGCACAGCAGCAGCAACAACAAAAUACGCUGCAGGAUACGCGCUCCUAUUGCACCAGCGAGCCUCGACUGAGCGAAACGGAGACGCCUCCGCAGCGUCGCAAACUCUCACAGCGACGACCGCAACCACACGGGCAUAGAAAAUCGAACGCCUUUCUGGACGUGCCCACAAUGAACAUGCAUCACCUGAGAGUGAACGACGACGACGAGGAUGUGGAUCGCCUGCGCACAUUUAGUGCAUCCAAAGGAGGCAUCAUCAAUCGAGGCGACUCCUUUCGCAGACGCCGCUCGCGCAGCAACAGCCUCGCACCGAUUAGCCCCAUGCAUGCGCGCAAUGCCAUGGCCGGCAUGAAUGGCGGCGGCGGUGGCGGCAGCAGCCUUGGCUUGGGCACCAAUUACAAUGGAGGAGGCGGCGGCGGCGGCAGCAGCAGCAAUGGCUACGGCAAUGACAAUGCCGGCCAGGAUAAUCAUCAGCCCGUGGAGUUCUAUCGCGUCGAGAUGCUCGGCUCAGCGGGCGUGGGCAAACAGGCGCUCGUCUCACAGUUUCGCACCUCCGAUUGCAUUAAUGCUUACGAUGGUCCAGAAUGCGAUGAGGACGAACAGAAUAUUUCAAUUAUUUUGAAUGGCAUCGAGUCGGAGCUUAAAUUGCACACCGGCAAUCCAGACAGCAAGGAAGAAUUGGAGAAGGCGGACGCAUUUCUGGUUGUCUAUUCCUGCAUUGAUAAGGAGUCGUUUACGCGUGCCAAGCAGAUAUUAUCACGUCUGCAGGACAUGGAUUUGCUGCGCCAUCGACCCACCAUUUUGGUGGCCAACAAAAUUGAUUUGGCCAGAUCACGCGCCGUCUCAGCGCAGGAUGGUAAAUGUCUGGCCUGCACCUUUGGCGCCAAAUUCAUCGAGGUUUCGGUGGGCAUUAACCAUAAUUGUGAUGAACUGCUCGCUGGCACUUUGACCCAAAUACGCUUGAAGAAGGAUCAAAAUCUAUUGCACCUGAAUCCAAAAAAGUCUAAAGACAAAACUAAAUUUAAAGAUAGCAAAGACAAGCACGUAGAGACUGUAGAAACUGAUAAAUGUCUGACUCUGACUGAUCUUAAGGCCGACGAUGCGGGUACGCGCGAUGGCAGCUCUCCGGCUCAUUGGUAUAAGAGCCGCAGCGUAAUGCUGGCCAGCAUGAAGGCACGACAGAUGCUCACCUGGAUACUGGGCAAGGAGGAUUCCAAGUUCAAGCAUUGCGAGAACUUGCAGGUGCUCUAAAAGMGAAGAAGAAGAAGAUGAA